UCUAGUAGCCAUGAAUACCGCUGCGCCAACGUCUGCCGAUGCCUGUCUGAGCAUCGUGCACUCGUUGAUGUGCCACCGCCAAGGCGGCGAGAGUGAGGGGUUCUCUAAACGUGCCAUAGAAUCACUUGUCAAGAAGCUGAAAGAGAAGCGAGAUGAACUUGAUUCUUUGAUUACGGCUAUAACUACAAACGGAGCACAUCCCAGCAAAUGUGUAACUAUACAGCGGACUUUAGAUGGUCGUUUGCAGGUAGCUGGCCGCAAAGGUUUCCCACAUGUGAUCUAUGCACGCAUCUGGCGUUGGCCUGAUCUUCACAAAAACGAACUGAAGCAUGUGAAAUUUUGUCAGUUUGCAUUUGACCUCAAAUGUGACUCAGUUUGUGUGAAUCCAUACCAUUAUGAAAGGGUUGUCUCACCUGGCAUUGAUCUUUCCGGUUUAACACUUCAGUCUGGUCCGAGUAGAUUGGUAAAAGAUGAAUACACCGCAGGCAUCAGUGGCAACGGAAUGGACAUGGAUACAGGGGAACUGGUGACCAUCCAGCACCAUGCCACCAGUCCUCGCCACCACCACUCCACUAUACCACAUCAUCAUCAGCAGUUCCAGACCACAAAUAUUAUUAUUAACCAGGGACAAACGCCAGAUGGCGUCCCGAAUAUAUUUUCGCCGACGCACGGCCCGCGGACGCCCAUCCGGCCCCCCGGGGCCCCGCCUCAGAUGGGGCAAAUGGGGCACUCGCCCGGUGCUCCCCAGAUGAUUUCACAUCCAAACGCUGGUCAGAUGCCCACACCACAGAUGGUCCAAGGCAAUCAGAUGGGGCCAGGGACUCCUCAAAUGGGGCCGGGUACGCCUCAGAUGGGGCCGGGUACGCCUCAAAUGGGGCCGGGUACUCCUCAAAUGGGGACAAACGUGCCUCAAAUGGCUUCACCGCGAAUGGCGUCAGCGCCAACUCAGAUGUCGCCGGGGACGCCCCAAAUGCCGAGCAUAAGUCAAGCGAUGUCGAUGCCUAGUCCCCAGCAGAUGGCCAUGGCCCAGCAGCGGGCCAUAGCCCCGAAAAUAGAGCCGCCAGACACGAUGGACGCUCGAGCGAUGUGGCUGCCAAAAAGAAUGAACCAUUCGGCGCUGCCGGUCAGUAUGUCUCCCGGGGGAACGACCCCGAUCAUAGAUGGAACCACCACAACCUUCUUCACGACUGAACAGACCACUACAGAUACUCAACUGACACAGACAAUACCAGUGGGAACCGUAGCAGUGUCCCCAGUGGCAGCGGAGACGUCGCAGCAGAACGGCUUCGCCGCGUCGAGCAGCCCCGCGCCGCAGCCCAGCCCGCUGCCGCACCGCACGCCGCAGACGCAGCAGCAGCAGCAGCAGCAACAGCAGCAGCAGCAACAGCAGCAGCAGCAAGGCACGUGGACGGGCAACAACACGCUGACGUACACGCAGAGUCUGGCGCCGCCGCCCGCCGCGCCGCCCGCGCCGAUCGACGCGCCGCCGCACCACCACCACUAUUACAAUGGCAACCCUGGCGGUUUGCUCUCCAGCCAGCCAGCACCCGAAUACUGGUGCUCGGUCGCCUACUUCGAACUGGAUACGCAAGUCGGGGAGACCUUCAAAGUACCCUCCAGCAGGCCUAAUGUUACUGUGGAUGGUUACGUGGAUCCUUCAGGCGGUAACAGAUUCUGUCUCGGCGCUCUCAGCAAUGUCCACAGAACAGAACAGAGUGAGCGGGCGAGACUGCACAUCGGCAAAGGCGUUCAGCUAGACUUACGCGGCGAGGGCGAUGUGUGGCUUCGGUGCCUGUCAGACCACUCAGUCUUCGUGCAGUCCUACUAUCUAGACCGUGAGGCGGGCCGCGCGCCAGGCGACGCCGUGCAUAAGAUAUACCCUUCUGCUUGCAUUAAGGUGUUCGACCUUCGUCAGUGCCACCGCCAGAUGCAGACUCAAGCUGCGACCGCGCAGGCCGCCGCCGCCGCACAGGCCGCUGCCGUCGCCGGGCACAUACAGCCGCAGCACCCCUCCAUGAACAAGUGUCUCACAGCAGCGGCCGGUAUUGGCGUCGACGAUCUCCGGCGGCUGUGCAUAGUGCGACUGUCCUUCGUCAAGGGCUGGGGGCCCGACUACCCGCGCACGUCCAUCAAGGAGACGCCCUGCUGGGUGGAAGUGCACCUGCACAGAGCUCUCCAGCUGCUGGAUGAGGUUCUCCACACAAUGCCCAUCGAUGGGCCACGCAACAACAUCGAGUAGGAGUUGAUCGGCUUCUUUUGAGGCCUUGAGCGGACAGACGGAAAUGUGCGUUGUUUCACGGUGAUUGUGCAAGUGAUGUGAUUGACAAUGAUGCGAACAGUGAUUAGCAGUGAGAUCGGGUUUCAGUGAACAAUGUUUUACAGAACAAACGAAGUACAAAUCUGUGGGACUUAUUUUGUGAACAGAUUAGCGUUACUUCUAACGAUGUUGUCCGUUACAUUUGUUAUUUUGUUGCUGAAACUACUAUUGGAAACUCGAACUUGCUUGGAAGUGGGAAUUUUAAAGGGAUUCUUGUAAAUUCAGUCACUAUUAUAUUUGCUUUCCUAUUUUCAACAUUGAUAUUAUUUUAUAGAUUGAUAUCAUUUAUUUAAAAUAUCUGAAACAUGUUGAAAAUAUAGUAGAUUUCUUCAUUGAUUCUUUAUAAAUUUUUGAGGAUGUUUUAAUAAAUCCCCUUUUUCAAAAAUGUGCCUAAACGGUUGCCAUAUGAGUAGCAUUUAUUAAAUUAUGUUUAUGAAGUUAUUAUUUACAUUCAAAAUUAUGAAUUGGCUUUGUCUUCCAAAAUUUUAUUUCGUCUUCCUUUAUAAAAUUGUAUUGUGAUUUCUCAGUUGAGUUUUGGAAUGUGUGUGUUGGAUUGGACAUUGAAACAAAACGCACAUUGAAAAUAAUGAUGUGAUCGCUCGUUUAAAAAAAGGUGAACUUUAAUUUAUGUCUUGUAUUUAUUUGUUCUAAGUAGAUGCACUAAGUUAAAUAUAACAUAUUAUAUGACAGUAUUUCGACAGAACAAACUAAAGAACAUAUAAAGAGAUCUCACUAUAAUAUUUUUCACAAAAUGUUUAAUGUGUAAGAUUAGUGUAUUGUAAAUAGGAGCACACGAUUGCAGAUUGCUCAAAGGUCAGUCUAUCGUUGUUCUUAGUAAUGUUAAGGUGCAUGCUCACUGAUUGCACUCUUAUGUAAUAAUCGUUCGACAUUUUAUAUUCAUACUAGCGGCCCGCCCCGGCUUCGCACGGUUGCAAUGGAAUUUCCCGGCUUUUCUCUUUUUUAUUAUGCAUGUUUUAUACUUAUAAACCUUACUCUUGAGUCACUCUAUCUAUUAAAAUCAUCAAUAUCCGUUGCGUAGUUCUAAAGAUCUAACAGACGGCGGAAAGCGACUUAUGUAUGUAGUGAUUAUUAUUGUAAGCCGAGCAUAUUUGCCUGUGAGUGCGCACUGUAAUAAAGUCAAUUGCUCACGAAUGCGUUUUAGGCUCGCUUUUUGAGUUAAAUGUUGAUUGCUUACAGAUGAGUGCGCCCAGUGAUCGCGCAGCAUACGAAUUUUAGUGACAGCGAUACCAAAAUAAGGCAUUUUGUACUAAAGUAGUUUAAAAAAACAAGACAUAAUUAUGGUUCAACUUGAAAGAAGCCAAAUGGAUAAGCUUUGUAGCUUAUUAGCGUUACGUCGUAAUGUAGCGUAAGUAAUUUAUGUGUUGUGAGCGGCGGGCGCGCGGGGGUGAGGCUGUAAGUUUGUUAGCUUGAUGUGCCUGAUUGGUGAAAUUGCAUGGAUUCAUUAGUCUCUUAACCUUUAACAGUCAUUCAUUUUGGACCUUAAGACGAGGAAAUAAGGUCCAAAAUAUGGUGGAAAUUAUAUCCCCACUUAAAGGGUUAAAUUGUAUAUUAAAAUUGAUACUGAUUGUGUGGGACAGCCCCCUGAACUGAUGAAUUGACGUCCAAUAGUUGACAGGCAGCUUUAUGUAGAACAGUAGUUUUUUUAUUGAUCAUAAAACUGACAGAAUUAUUUAUUCUGGCAAUGGGAUGAAUUGCAACUAAGUCAAUGUACUUAAAUGUACUCAUCUGUUGCAAUGUCAAGUUAGUAAAGCAUAAAGUCCAUGCAAUUUGCUAAAUUGUUUAAGAUGAUCUGUGAUGUGCUAACAAAAUAUGUUUAUAAAAUAAGAUGAGCGCGCCCGCAUUCAGUCCAGGCCAUUCACCCACGGGUGGGCUCUGGAAAACGUCUAGGUUAAGGAUAAAAUGACAUAUUUUGUGUACGAAAAUCGUAAACGGUUUUAAUGUAAUUCUUACGUAGUUCUAAGAUGGUGUUUGUGGAUUUAUGAAUUGGAAUUUCCCAACAACUUUUACAUUGCUUACGUUUGUUUAAAGUAAAGAUGUAAGUGUGUGAUACUUAAAGUUGCAAGAGAAAUUCGUGUUCUACGUAAUUGAGAUUUUUUUGUAGUUCGCUAAGUUUUGCUUUAAUUAUUAUUACUUGGCAGAUUAUGAUACUAUUAUCUUGCGUUAAAACAUUUUAUAUUACUGUUAGUGAAAGUUAGCGUUUUCGAUUUUUUAUUAUUAAUUAUUUUUAUUGUAAAAUACGUAACAACUAUUGUCUAUGACAAAAAAUGUGAACUAAUCGGUUUCGAGCGAGAUGAUUUAUAAAUGUGUGUAUUAUUAUUGUUUUUGUAAACUUGAUUUAUUUCGAUUUUAUCUGUGUGAGUUUUGCGUUGUGGACAAACGAACAUCACAUGCAUGUUUUUAUUUUUGUUAUCGAUAUGUAAUUUAGUUUAUGCAUCUGAAUUUUACAAUUAUUUGAUUGUUACCAAUGACCAUUAAACAUUCGGACUGUGCGAGUUUUGUAAAUAGUACAAUUUAUUGAGAAUAUUUUUUAAUAUAACAAAAAUCUUGUCGGUCGGUCGCCGGCUUAUUUAAUACAGGCGUUCGCGACUCGGUACUUAGAAAUUAUAUUCGUAAAUUCUCUUUAGAAAGCUUUCACAAAAUUUGUGUAUCAAAAAUACCUCUUUUAUAGUGAUCAAAAGGAUUCAAAGGGUUUUUAGAUGAUAUUAAUAAUAUGUGGUAAGUUUUUUAAUGAUGUUGAAGUUUUGAAUGAUAUUGUCAAAUUCUACAUGCCACAGUUAUCCUACCGAGCUGUUUGGAAUCUCUCACGAGUUUAUGGUAACCAUGUCUUACAGUUGUUUGGAGAUAUACCGAAGUUAUCCAAAGUUGAUGUGGGUUGUUGUUCAUGUGAACGUGUUGUCGCUUUUGUACAUACGGGCUGUCGCGGCAGUGCGACAGAGAUAGCUGAAUCUGACUGGGUGUGGGUGACCAGUAGCUACGUUUAUACAAUAAAAGUGGUUGAAAAGAGAAGCAGUUGGCAGAUUCUUUUCACAAAGUUAUGGAAAAUGUACCUAAUAAAGGAUACAUUAUUAUAAGCAUACUAAUUUUUAUUGUCUAAACGUAGCUUUUAUUCUUCAAGCAAACACAGUUUGGUCAUCAAAAUGUUAGUUAUAUGAUGCAUUAUUAUAAAAAUAAUGUUGCACCCAUUAUGAGAAUGUACUGUACCUUGUAAUAAAUACAUAACUCACAUUUAGUUAAUUUUAGAAUUUGUUCAGAUUGUCGUUUUAUAAAUAGUUGUUAGUACCCGAGAGUCAAUGUUACGAAUUAUUGUGAACAUCUCUAACGAAGUGCAAAUUAUACAAAUUACAGACUAUUACAAAUAUGCAAGCUAUGGUUCAAAACAUGUUCCUCAUAUUAACUGCACGAAUAAAAGAAUCUAUUCAAUGGAAUUGCAAAAAAAAAUGUUUGGUAUGAGUAAUGUUUGUAGACAAUGUAGACUGCGGUCAUUAAAAUGGUCUUGUAAUGCAAAUUUUACAUACGAAAAAAUCAUGCAAGUACUGUUCUUGUAUAUUUUUUAAUGUAACUAGCGGCCCGCCCCGGAUUCGCACGGUUGCAAUGGAAUUUCCCGGCUUUUGUCUUCUAUAAUAUGCAUGUUUAAUACCUAUGAAUAAACCUACCUCUUGACUCACUCUAUUUAAAAAAAAACGUAUCAAAAUCCGUUGCGUAUUUCUAAAGAAGCAUACAUACGGACAGACAGCGGAAAGCGACUUUGUUUUAUAUUAUUGGUUCAAUCUCUGUACAUAAAAAAAUAUAGUUGAAGCGUUGUAUACUCAAUUAUUAUUUUGUUUUAAAUAAUUUGUACCAUUUUAUGCACCGCAGUCUAUUUUUGUAAUAAGUACAUAAACACUUGUAUCCGUUUAAAAGUUGUACUUUAGGAGUUGAUGUGUUUGUCUGGUUGUUUCAAUACAAUAUUUUCGUCAUGGGGGCGCCUUGUGCAUUUGCCCUAAGAUUAUAGUUAAGAAUGAAAAUAUGAAACAAAUGAAUAUAAAGGUUAUUCCUCUAAAA